AUGUGUAAUCCUCCGCAAAUCGAAGAAUCAAACACAAUACUGGUUCGGAGCAACUGCAUCUUCCCGGGUCUUGGUGUAUCCGAGAUCUCGUACCCGUCAGCCUUGGGAAGAUGGAGCUCAUUAGCCUUAGUCGGAGAGGAAACAACGUGGGAGAUUUUAAAGAAUACAUUGGUAGAGUCAGCUGAAGAAACGCUGCCAAAGAAGAAGAAGGAUAAGAAGCAGAAGUGGAUGACGGAUGAGAUACUAUCAAUGAUGAGCAGCAGACAAAAGAUCAAGAAUAGAGAAAGUAAUGAAUGUAAAGAUUUAGAUAAGAGAAUCAAAGAGAAGUGCACAGAAGCUAAGGAGAACUGGUUAAAUAGAAAAUGUGUCGAGAUCGAACGAAAUUUGAAUUCAGGGAACGACCCCAAUGUGUACAAAAAGAUAAAUGAAAUAUCAAACAGAAAAACAGGCUGCUCAAAUUCCGGGUGUAUCAGAGCAAAAGAUGGGACUAUGCUUGUAGAGAAAGCUGAAAUCUUUGGUAGAUGGACGGAAUACAUAUCUGAAUUAUUCGAUGAUGUAAGAAUAUAUCUACCACGGUUCACAGAAUCGGUGGAUGGUCCAAAGAUCCUCCCCUCAGAUAUUAGGGAAGCUUUAAGGAUGAAAAGAAACAAAGCAGCUGGUCCAGAUGGGAUAGUAAUGGAAAUGAUUGAACUACUUGGCGAUUAUGGUGUUGAAAAACUGACAGAAGUAGUAAAUAAAAUCUAUGAUGAUGGAGUCUUUCCCGAUGAGUUGAGUAAAUCAAUUUUCAUUGCACUUCCUAAAAAGCCUGGAGCCGUGGAAUGUGAGCUUCACAGAACGAUCAGUCUAAUGAGCCAUGUCACAAAGAUUAUACUCCGAGUUCUGCUUCUGAGAGUGAGAAAUAGGAUAUCACCUGAAAUUGGAAAGAUGCAGUUUGGUUUCGUCAAAGAUGCAGGUACCAGAUAUGCUGUCUUUGCUCUAACUAAUUUGUUGGAAAGAGCCGUAGAUAUGCAAAAGAAGGUUUUCUUGCGUUUUAUUGACUACACCAAGGCAUUCGAUAAAGUCAGGCACAUCUUGUUCGAGGACCUAUGCAGGAUGGAUUUACACUCCAAGGACUUGAGAUUAUUACAAAAUUUAUCGUUAGAGCAAGAGAGGGGGUUGAAAUUGGGUGGGCAUAACACUACUAACAUACGUUACGCGGACGAUACGGUACUCUUAGCAGAAUCGGAAGAGGAUCUACAAAGGCUCCUAGAUAUGGUCGUGAGAGAAAGUGAAAUCAGGGGGAUAACGAACGAAGAGGUUUUUCGUAGGGCGGGGGUGAACAGAAAGCUCAUAUGCGAUUUAAGAGGCAGGCAGAUGAGGUUUUUGGGGCAUGUGAUGCGUAAGGACGAUAUAGAAAGCCUUGCUUUAACUGGAAAGAUAGAGGGGAAAAGGAGCAGGGGUAGAAGGAGAUUUACGUGGAUGAGUAGUCUUAGGAGUUGGUUAACAGAGAAAGGUGUUCAGUAUCCUGAAGUACGGUUACUGCAGAUGACAAAAGACAGAGAAGCGUGGCAUGCCAUGAUCGCCAACGUCUUAGGAUAUGGCACCUAA